AUCUAUACAGUCGAGCUUCAUCUGCCUCUGCCGAACGGUUGCGCUGCGGCUGCGCUCAGAACUCGUGUGCGCGUCAACGCGAAAGCAUCUGCAGCGCCUCUAAAAAAUAAUACCAAAAAAGAUACAGCUACAGAUACUGAUACUGAUACUGAAGUAGAAGCAGAAGCGGAAGCAGCUAAAAGAUACAACAAAAUAACACAAGUGCCAGAGGAAACUGCAACAAAAAUACAAGAAACACUUUUGGUGCAACAAAUUUUUUUUGCGUUCAACAAAAACCCUUUGGAAUACCCAUCAAAAAACAGUGAUUUUUUUGCCCAUCUACCAAAGAACUGUGAUUAGAUCCAUCAACGGAUCGAGACCACACAGUGACACCCAAAGUAAUAAAAAGUGCAGACAAACCAAAACUAAACUAAAUCGAAAUCGAAUUCGAAGUCUAGAGAUCUAGAGAUUAGUGUACAAGAUCUGAAAGAGUGGCGUGUCCCCGUUCUCGUUCCCGUCUAGGCCCAGAGCGGGAAAUGCCGCCGCAACUACGAAAAUAAUCAGCGAAGAACCACUUAAGUCGAAACCCAAAUCGACAUCUACUUCGAUCUCAGCAGAGUAUAAAGCAGCAAAAUGCUGGCAGCACAGCAACAGCAGCAGCAGCAGCCCCCCCAGCCACACAGCCCCCCCAGCCACACCGGCGCCGUCACGCAGGCAGCGAUGGAGCGCCAGCGACGCGAGUCCACCACAUCGGAGUCCUCGCUGGAGCACCUCGACCUCGGCCGCACACCAAAGAAGCUGAGCAGCAGCAGCGGCCCGCAGCCCACAUCGACGCCGCACGACACGGCCACAGCGUCGGCGGUCGUGUCGGCGUCGCGCAAGCGCAAGCUGCGACAGCACCAACAGCAACAGCAACAGCAGCAGAAGCAGGAUCUGCUCAGCGACGACGAGGAGGAGGAGGAGGAACCGCGUCCGCUUGAGGAGACGAUGGCAGUGCAGCGGCCGCGCCACAAGCAGCGACGCAACGGCCCUGCCUCCGCGGCGGCGGCCAUCGCCAGCAUCGUGAUGGACUACAGUGCCGGCGACGCCAGUUCGCUUCGCAAGAAGUUCCGGCUGAACCGCAGCGGUGCCAACGGCGACCUCUCCGAGUCCGGGUUCGUCGACGCCAGUAGCUACAACAACAGCCAUGCCGCAUCGGCCGCCGUCUCUGCUGCAGCGCAGCAGGUGUCGAAUGCCUCCAGCACCAGCAGCAGCAACAGCAGUGGCAGCGGAAGUGGCAGCUCUGGCGCCUCCUCGCCGGAGGGCCUGUGCCUGUCCAGCGGCGAGUCCGGAAUCGGGGCUGGCGACGAGCACAUGAAGUACCUCUGCCCCAUCUGCGAGGUGGUCUCGGCCACGCCCCACGAGUUCACCAACCACAUCAGGUGCCACAACUACGCCAACGGCGACACCGAGAACUACACCUGCCGCAUCUGCUCCAAGGUGCUAUCCUCGGCCUCGUCGCUGGACAGACACGUUCUGGUGCACACAGGCGAGCGUCCGUUUAACUGCCGCUACUGCCACCUGACCUUCACCACCAACGGCAACAUGCACCGCCACAUGCGCACCCACAAGCAGCACCAGUCGACGACGACGACGUCGGCGGCGCAGCAGUCGGCUUCGCAGAGCGCCGGCAGCGGCUCUCUGUCGCAGUCGCAGCAGCAGCGACGCCUGUCACAGCAGCAGCAACAGCAGCAACAGUCGCUGUCGCAGCAGCAGCAGCAGGGAGGUGCAGGGCAUCCGGGACGUGCGGAGAGCUAUGAGAGCGAUGCCAGCUGCUCCACGGAUGUAUCCAGUGCCCACAGCCACACCCACAGCCAUGGGAGUAGUCACGCCCGCGCCCACGCCCACGCCCACGCACACAGCAACAACAACCACAACAACAACAACAACAAUCCCCACAAAGCGAACAACAACCACAAGGAGAUGCAGCAGCAGAUCCAGGAGCGGAUCAAGCAGCGUCGCCCCAAGACCACCAUCAACAACAACAACAUCAUCGACGAGGGCUCCCAGGCGGAGGAGGAGGAGGAUCGUGAUCGGGAGGAGCAGGACCAGGACCAGGAGGAGCACCCCGAUGCGGACACUGACGAAGAUGUGGCCAUGCCCCUCUCGAUUACGAGCACCCCGGAUGUGGCCACCCUGCUGGCCGGAGUCAAUGGAUCCUCGCGGGCAGCCUCGCGUUCCCGCUCCCCCUCGCCGGCCAUGCCCCUGCUGAGCUGCCCUGCCUGUGGCGCCUCCGACUUUGACUCGCUGCCAGGGCUGUGCGCCCACCUGGACGCCCGACACUCGGACAUACCCGCCAAGUGCCGUGACUGCGACGUGAUCUUCGCCAGCCACCGCCAGCUGCAGGCGCACUGCUGCCGCGGCCUGGUGGGCGUGAAUCUGCCGCCGCUCCUGGGGGCCAGCAGCUCACCGCUGCACCACGGCGAGGACGAGGAUGAAGAGGAUUCCGACGACGAGGCGAGGACCGAGAGGGAGGCGGAACAGCACGAGGACUUCUUCCAGCAGCUGUAUCUCAAGGGCAAGGCAGCCGAAGCCGCUGCCGCAGCCGCCGGGACAUCCACCUCCUCUCCACCGUCCCCCAUCAAGCACGAGCCGGCGGACAGCAAGGACCUGGCGGACAUCCAGAGCAUCCUGAACAUGACCAGCUCCAGCUGCACCUCCAGCUUCCUGCGCAACUUCGAGCAGUCGGUGAACACGCCCUGCUCCAGCCAGUACAGCCUCGACGGCCGCGACCAGGAGGAGGAGGCCCAGGACGUCUUCACCUCGGAGUUCCGACGCAUGAAGCUGCGCGGCGAGUUCCCCUGCAAGCUCUGCGCGGCAGUGUUCCCCAAUCUGCGCGCCCUCAAGGGCCACAACCGGGUGCAUCUCGGCUCCGUCGGCCCCUCCGGCCCGUUCCGCUGCAACAUGUGUCCGUAUGCCGUCUGCGACAAGGCCGCCCUCGUGCGUCACAUGCGCACCCACAACGGGGACCGGCCGUACGAGUGCGCCGUCUGCAACUACGCCUUCACCACGAAGGCCAACUGCGAGCGGCACCUGCGCAACCGUCACGGCAAGACCAGUCGCGAGGACGUGAAGCGGGCCAUCGUCUACCAUCCGGCGGAGGAUGCCAGCUGCGAGGACAGCAAGUCGCGCCUGGGGCUCGGCGAUGAUCUGGCCGAUCUGAGCUUUCGCUCGGUCUCGCCGCCACCCCCGCCGCCGCCACCCCCAGCUAGUGCUCCGAUCGCCGAGGGCUCUCAGCUGAAGCACAUGCUCUUGGAAGAGCCGUCGCCUCCAUCGCACACCCCCACGGCGGCCGCUGCUGCUGUUGCCGGGCCACCAUCCAAGAUCCAGGUGAAGAGCCUCGACCAGCUGGUGGACAAAAAGCAGCCUGCCACAGGCCCUGCCCUCGACUUUAGCAUGGAUGUGCUGGAUCUCAGCAAGAAGCCAACAACAGGAGGAUCCUCCACCGCCCAUCCUCCGUCGGGCCCGUCAACGGUGCCAGAGCUGGCAGCCGUCCUGGAGCAGCAGCAGCAGCAGCAGCAGCAGCAGCAGCAACAACAGCAACAGCAGCAACAACAGCUGCUGCUGGCACAACAGCAGCUCUUUGGAGGAGCAGCCGGAGCGGCGGGAGCUGGCGAUGCCGCUUCCCAGUACAUGCAGCAGCUGUUCCGCAACCUGAUGUUCCAGUCGCAGACGCCGGGCUUUCCCUUCUUUGGAUUCAUGGCCCCGCCGCCACCACAAGGCAAUCCCGAGAAGCCGCCGCAGCUGAGUCCGCCUACGCGGAUGGGCGCCCUGCCCCUGCCGAUGCCAGUGGGCGUGCCCGUGCCGCCUGGCGGCCCCGUCAAGAUGGUCAUCAAGAACGGAGUGCUGAUGCCCAAGCAAAAGCAGCGCCGCUACCGCACCGAGCGGCCCUUCGCCUGCGAGCACUGCUCCGCCCGCUUCACGCUGCGCUCGAACAUGGAGCGGCACGUGAAGCAGCAGCAUCCCCAGUUCUACGCCCAGCGGCAGCGGAGCGGACACCACGUGAUGCGCGGUCGCGGAGCCUCCAAUGCCGCGGCAGCCGUGGCCGCAGCCGCCGCCGCAGCGGCAGCCAUGAGCCAGGGCGGAUCCGGAGCGGGCCAUGUGCACGGCCAUGCCCCCAUCUCGGAGCAGGUGAAGUACGCCAUCCUGGCGCAGCAGCUGAAGGCGCACAAGAACACGGAUCUGCUGCAGCAGGCGCUGGCCCACGGAUCCAGCAGCGUGGCCGGUGGCAAUCCCCUCCUGCACUUUCCCUAUGGCGCACCCCAGGCGCAGUCCCACUCCCAGUCGCAGUCCCAGUCCCACUCGCACUCCCACUCCCAUUCGCAGUCGAGUAGCCAUGGCCACGCCAGUUCUGGGUCCCAUCUGCCGCAUCUGGUGAACGGGAUGCACAAUGGGCAGAACAACGGCCAGCCGAGUGCCAUCGAUGACGACGAACCCAAGCUGAUCAUUGACGAGGAUGAGGAUGGCGAGGGCGAUGUUGAGGAGUUCGACGAGGACGAAGAGGAGGAGGAGGACGAGCCCGAGGACGAGGACCCGGAGCCAGAGCCAAUGGAAGAGCUGGAGCAGGCCCACGACGAGGACCCAGAGGACGAGGAGCAGGAGCUGCCCAAACCCCUGGAGCACAUAUCCCAGACCAGUGCUGCAGCGGCCAAUGAGGCGGCCAAGAAGAUGGCCGAGACCAUCCUCGAGCAGGCCAUCAAGGCGGGCAAGGCCACGCCCAGCGCCACUGCCACUGGCACGCCCAUGAGCACGCGCACGCCGUCGCCCAGUCCGGAGCCGACGAGCAACGCGAUGCCGGAGCCGAGUCCGCCGAAUCCCACCAUGAAGUCGAUGAUCGCCCAGGCCGAGUCGGUGGCCAAGUCCCUGAAGGAGGUCGCCAGCUCCCCGUUCAAGGACGAGUCGCAGGACCUGGUGCCGGUGGCCAAGCUGGUAGACAACGCCACCAGCAGCCAGAUGAGCUUCAACAGCUACUUCCGGCCCAGCGACGUGGCCAACCACAUGGAGCAGAGCGACGAGGAGGGCCUCGUGGCCUCCGGCAGCGCCAGCGAGAGCAACAACUCCGGAACGGAGGACGUCACCAGCAGCAGCUCCGGCAGCGAGCCGAAGAAGAAGUCCGCCUACAGCCUGGCCCCCAAUCGCGUCUCCUGCCCUUACUGCCAGCGCAUGUUCCCCUGGAGCAGCUCGCUGCGGCGCCACAUCCUCACCCACACCGGCCAGAAGCCCUUCAAGUGCUCCCACUGCCCCCUGCUCUUCACCACCAAGAGCAACUGUGACCGCCAUCUACUGCGCAAGCACGGCAACGUCGAGUCCGCCAUGUCCGUCUACGUGCCCACCGAGGACGUCAGCGAGCCGAUACCAGUGCCCAAGUCUGUGGAGGAGAUCGAGCUGGAGGAGCAGAGACGCCGCCAGGAGGCGGAGAGGGAGCGCGAACGCGAGCGGGAGCUGGAAUUGGAGCUGGAGCGGGAGCGGGAGCGCGAGAAGGAGCUGGAGCGCGAACGGGAGCUGGAGCGGGAGCGCGAGCGCGAAAAGGAGAGCCUGGUGCUCAUCCAGAAGCUGGCGGCUCAGAUGAAUGCGGCCGCAGCUGUGGCCGCUGCUGCCUCGGCGGCCGAUGCCGGCGCUGGCGGAGAUCUGCCGUACAAGUGCCACCUGUGCGAAGGCUCCUUUGCCGAGCGUCUGCACUGCCUCGAGCACAUCAAACAGUCGCAUGCCCACGACUUUGCCCUGCUCCUGGCCAAGGGAGCCAUCGAGCCGGAGUCCCGUGCCGGGGAGUCCAACCACCAGCAUCUCCUGCAGCAGCAGAGCACCCCGGGGGCCGGCUCCGAUGAUGAGGCGAGCGGCGGCGGCGGUGCACGCGGAGCCUCUGGCAAAUAUCCGGACUACAGCAACCGCAAGGUGAUCUGCGCCUUCUGCCUGCGCCGCUUCUGGUCCACCGAGGACCUGCGCCGCCACAUGCGCACCCACUCCGGGGAGCGGCCGUUCCAGUGCGAGAUCUGCCUCCGCAAGUUCACCCUCAAGCACAGCAUGCUGCGCCACAUGAAGAAGCACAGCGGACGAGCCCACAACGGCGACAAUCCUGGCUCCGACUGCUCCGACGAUGAGCAGGUCGCCACUCCUCCAUCCACCCCAGGACCCACUCCGGCACCGACCACCGGCACCACCCCCACUCCCACCAACAACAAUAACAGUUGCCAGAACAACAACAACAACAACAACAACAGCAACCCCAACGCCAAUGCAAAGAUGGGUCUGCGCCAGCCGAUGCUGCACAAGCUGCUGGACAAUUCGAGCGAGUGGCGGGCCAGCCGCCUGGGCGAGCACAAGGAGAACAUCGGAGAGGCGGCAACCCCGUCAGCCGCGGCGGUGGCCAGCUCCGAUCUGAUCGGAAAUCUCCUGGGCAUCAGCGACCAGGGCAUACUCAACAAGCUGCUCUCCUCCGCCGACGAGGCGGCCAAGCUUCUGGGAGUGGACAACAAGUAGGGGGCCGGAGUCAUCCCAGUAGGCAAAGUAUAGCAUACUUUCUACAGUCAAGCCUCCUCCUCCACACCUCCACACCACCACACCUCCAUAGAGGAAGAAGAAACAGCAAAAAGCAACAGCAACAAGCAACAACCAUUUACCGCCUUACGUAUACCAAAGCUUAAAUAGUUUCAAAUAAUAAUGAUAGUAUCUGUAAUCUAUACUCUUAAAGAAAGUCUUUUUUUUUUAUGUUUGUAUGUACGUUUUUUUUUCCAUCAUUAUUAUUAUUAUUAUUACUAUAUUUUUGUUUCAAAUUGUGUGGCAUUCCAUUGUUUAAGCGGUCCAACCGGAUGUGGUAGACAAGUUACAAAAAAAGAAUGAAAGGAAAUAUGUAAUCAAAAUUAGCAAGCGAAAAACUAAAGCAGAAGAUCGUAUAAGACCCCCACUAGAUAUAGCGAUUGAUUCGAUUCGAUUCGAAAAAAAGGAUUAGGAGAUAAGUAGCUGCAAUGAAACAACGAACAUUUUUACAUGACAUGAAACAAAAACGAAAAGACUUGAUGGCGAAAACCAGAGGCGAUACUAAUACAAACACAACCAUAUAGAUUAACCAUAAUACAUGCAUAUAUCAUAAAUACUAUACCAUACGUAUGUGUAAGCCAGAGAUUGUAAAUUGAAUUCGGGGGCCUUGAGAACCGCAGCGUGGCUUAAACUCUAGACUAAGCAAGAAACUAAAUUUUAGUCAAUUAAUUAAGAUUAGAAAUACAUGUGCAUGCACAUGCACAUGUACAUGUACUCGUAUGUAUAUGUAUUUGUAUGCAUGGUUCUUUUUUUUUGUCUGUAGUACUUAGUGGUAGAUGUAGUUUAUUUAAUGAAAACUCAUUCAUUCACACACACACCCCAACAUUCAUACACCCAAAUACAUAUGCACACAUACAUACAUACGGUACGAUACGAUACGAUACGAAAGUAUAUAUAGACGGAUAAUUCAUAUAAAUAUAAUUAUAUUAGUCGACUUCUUACAGCAAUAACCAAAGCAUUUCACUUACGAGUAUUUAGCGUUUGUUUAAGCUAAACCACACACACACACACACACACACACGACAACAAAUAUUAAGGUUUAUUUAAAUCAAUUGCAUGCAUAUACAUACAUACAUAUGUAUAUAUAUAUAAUUCAAUAUACGUAUGUAUUGUACUAUCAAAUAUACAACAACAAAAACAACAAAAUGCAAAUGUUCGAGUAUAUCAGUUAUUUAUAAUGCGGAGCAACAGCAACAGCAACAGCAACAAAAAAAAAACAACAAUUUAAAACAUACAUUUAUUAUGGAACAAAUAAAUUAUAUACCUAGCCUUUUAUGACUUACGAGUACUUAAUUUUAACGAAAAGUGUACUUAAUUAUAAACUGUAAAAGACAUGUUGCACACACACACACACACACACACAACACAAAGAGAAUGGAUUAAAAAUUGAAUUGAAAUAAAAUAAAGCGAUGUCAAAAUCGAUUAUACGAUGCCUAUA